UUGUUUACAAACGAAAGCCUGUGCUAGCUAUAGCGUAUUGCUAGCGUUUAUCUCCUUUUACAGGUAAUAAUGAGUUUGUUCAGUCUGACCUGUGUUUAUAACAGGCAGCAGAAAUGACGGCGCUGGUCUGAACGCUGGCAGUGCGCGCUGUGAGCGGCGGAGGAACUGCUGCUGCUGCUGCUGCUGGAGACCCUGCUCGCUUCAGUCAGUCGGAUACAGUCACUGAGCUGAACUCAGAGGAGGAGAUGUACACUAUAGUGGAGAUAAAGGGCGAUAAGGGGGGAUAUCGCUGUGGAUACUGUGGAGGCGCGUGGGGGAAGGUUUCCUACGGUAUGUGGUCCCAUGCGAUGACCGUUCAGGACUACCAGGAUCUGAUAGACAGAGGAUGGAGAAGAAGUGGCAAAUAUGUUUACAAACCCGUCAUGAACAAGACCUGCUGUCCACAGUACACCAUCAGAUGCCACGCCUUGAACUUUCAGCCGUCUAAAACCCAUAAGAAAAUCUUGAAGAAGAUAAAGAAGUUCCUGAUUAAAGGGGAGACGCCAGUGGGUCAGUGUGACGAUGGGUGUGACGGUGUGUUGAAAGAGUUCAGAGGCUUCUUCGAACCUCUGACUUCCUCUCUUCAGCGGACAGUAGCUAUAGCUGCAGGAAUUUCCCAGGCUUUAUUAAAAGGUGAGCCAAUGGAUUCAGCAUUUGGAGAGGGAAGAGAAGUGCCUCCAUUGAGUCCUGUGAAGAUGCAGCAGUGUCAGGUGGAACAUCCAGUCAUCUCCAGCAAUCCUGAGGAGACGGAAGAUGUGAGACCAGCGACAUCGGAAACAUUGAGAGAAGAACCAGCAUCUUCUCCAGCAGUGAAAGGCCCACGACAUGCACCUAAACCAGGUGAAGGAGCAGAUCCGAAAAAGCCUCAGUGUCGAAAAGCUAAGGACCUGCGUAAGGAGCGGCGGCAGCAGAAGGAGCAGAGACGGCAGGACGGAGAAGCCCUGACAAGUCCAAACCCAGCGUCCAAUCAGCCCAAAAACCUGGAGGAAUUUAUUGCCGACUCUCUACCUGAUGACGCGCUCCAUCGCCUAGAGGUGAGGCUAGUGCGCUCUGCGCCCCCAAGUCCACAGUUCAGAGCUUCUUUCAACGCUUCUUACCAACUGUACAAACUCUACCAGAUGGCCAUUCACCAUGACCCUCCUGACAAGCCUAGUGAGAGCCAGUUUAAGAGGUUCCUGUGUGACUCACCAUUAGAGGCGGAAACGUCACCUGAUGGUCCAGAAGUGGGAUAUGGUUCCUUCCACCAGCAGUACUGGCUGGACGGGCGCAUUGUGGCUGUGGGGGUUAUCGACAUCCUGCCUAACUGCGUCUCCUCCGUCUACCUCUACUACCAUCCGGACUUCGCCUCGCUCUCACUGGGCUCCUACUCUGCUCUCAGGGAAAUCGCCUUCACCAGGCAGUUGCAGAAGCAGUCGCCCAAACUCUGCUACUACUACCUGGGCUUUUACAUCCACUCCUGCCCCAAGAUGCGCUACAAGGGACAGUAUAGGCCUUCAGAUCUCCUGUGCCCAGAGACCUACAUGUGGAUGCCCAUUGAGAAAUGCAUCCCCCGCCUUGAGACCUCCACCUACGCCCGCCUCAGCGAAGACCCCCAAGCAGGUGAUGCUAAUGCUCUUAAAGACUUGAGCAGGGCUCUGGUGCUGCACAGGAGGACUGUCAUGCCCUACGCUGCCUACGCCCGGAAACGGAAGGGCUCUAGUGAUGAAAAAGAGGUGGAGCACUACGCCAGCCUGGUGGGCCAGACCUGCGCCGAGAGGAUUCUGCUGUACCGCGCCUGAAGCACUGCAUCACCCAGCUCCACAACAACAGUCUCUGCUCUGUCCUUCAGAAUGAUUGUCCAUCUAAUCCUCACUGCCUCUGCUUUUCUGCCUUCUUUCUUCCACGCAAUGCUGUUGCUGUCUUCCUCCAUCUCUGUGUCUGUCCCUUCAGUUUUCUGUCUGUUGUAUUUCCUCUCUGCAUGUUUAUUAGAGCUUUAUUUUUUGUUCAGUACAUUAACGAUGUUUGAGUGAUUGAUAUGCAAUAGGCCAAGGUACAUACAUACAAAAGCUUAUAUCCCACAUGCUCACGAGACUCAUGCUCAUGAGUUUCCCCUGUCUAAUAAACCUCACUGUCAACCCUCA